AUGAAGAAACCUACUGCCAAUUUGCCAACGAUACCGCUUAGCACAACCUCAUGGAAAAUUCCGAAGAUCCAACUCGCGGAUCCAUAUUUUAACGAACCGGGACUAAUCGACAUCAUCAUCGGUGGUGAAUGCUAUCACGAAAUUCACACUGUGAAGCGCAUACCAAUCGGCAGUGGUCUGCCGCUGCUUAUUGAAACAGUCUUUGGGUGGACAGUUUCUGGAAAGGUACCCAUCAAAUCAACCUAUGCUCCACCCACCUGCUACAUUUCGAAUGUCGAUAGAUCGUUGGAUACCGCUCUCCAACGAUUCUGGGAGCUAGAAUCGGUACAUCAAGUGUUCAAAGAGUCGAGCACUACCACAAAGGUACGCGUGGUGUUCGACGCCUCCUGCAAGACAAGUUCUGGAUUUUCGCUGAAUAAUACACUACUAGUUGGACCAGUAGUUCAACAAGACCUACUCUCGAUUGUGAUACGAUUCCGUUUCCACGCUGUAGCCCUUGUCGCUGACAUCGAAAAGAUGUAUCGACAAAUUGAAGUACACCCAGACGAUCAACCACUACGGCGUAUUCUCUGGCGUGCCAGCCCAUCCGAUCCACUCGAUACUUAUGAACUUUGCACAGUUACGUACGGAACUGCGUCCGCUCCGUUCCUAGCAACUCGCACCCUUCAAUAUUUAGCACAAGUAGAGGGGCACGCCUACCCAGCGGCAGCUGAUGCCGUUAAUAACGAUUUUUACGUUGACGAUCUGUUGACCGGUGCUGAUGAUCCACAAGCUGCUAUAGCUAUCCGUCAGCAAGUAGCAGCAAUGCUUAAGACUGCAGGGUUUGUGAUUAAGAAGUGGGCAUCAAACGUUCCGGAAGUAUUAACUGAUGUACCUGUGACAGAUUUAGCCAUUCAACCCCUACACGAUUUGCAAGAUGACCAAUCUAUUUCAACACUAGGUUUGGUUUGGGAUAUAAAAUGUGAUAUGUUUCGCUUCAACGUCCAGUUACCUCUCCCAGCUGCCGUUCUCACGAAGAGGAAGGUGAUAUCGUAUAUAGCCAAAAUAUUUGACCCAUUAGGCCUUGUGGGUCCCAUCAUAGCUGCCGCCAAGAUGUUCAUGCAGCGGUUGUGGAGAUUGAAAACAGAAGAUAAAAAACCAUACGAUUGGGACAGACCACUCCCACCAAGGUCACAGGAUACUUGGAGGCAAUUUCAUGCAACGCUUCACGUUCUGGAUCAAUUGAGGAUUCCCCGCUUUGUUGCUGUGCCAAUGGCAUCGAAUAUUGAACUUCACAUUUUCUGCGACGCGUCAGAGUCCGCUUAUGGAGCAUGUUGUUUUGUGCGUUCAGAGAACUCCGAAGGUGUUAACGUACAGCUGCUAACCUCAAAGUCUAAAGUGGUGCCCAUCUCUACUAAACACACUAUAGCGAGACUUGAAUUGUGUGCUGCAGAACUUGCAGCGAAGGUAUACCAGAAGGUUACGCAAGCCAUAAAGAUUUCUACUAACACCACGUUCUGGUCAGAUUCAACCACAGUGCUUCAGUGGUUGAGAUCGCCACCAAACCGAUGGAGAACCUUUGUGGCGAAUCGUGUAUCAUUCAUCCAAACGUCUACUGAGGGCACCAAUUGGAGACAUGUGCCAGGUGUAGAAAAUCCUGCCGAUGAACUCUCACGUGGUUUGCAACCCACAGAAAUACUAACACAAACCAGAUGGUGGAAUGGUCCAGUCUGGUUAGCUCUCCCGCCAAGCAGUUGGCCGCAUUCAGUGGUCCCAAAUCAAGAAACUAUUUAUGUCGAAGAAGAAACCCGUACGGUAGCACUGAUAUCAACCACCCUGGUUGAAUCACAAUUUGCUGAUCACCUGUUUGCCAGAUAUUCGUCCUAUACAAAACUUCGACACGUCAUGGGCUACUGUCUCAAGUUUAUUCGUCUAGCUCAAAAGAAAACUCCAAAAGUAUCACCCAAUGCAUCUCGGAUGCUAUCCACAAUAGAUCUUAAAGCAGCAGAUCACGCGCUUGCACGUUUAGCUCAAGCCCAGCUCUACCCAGAUGAGCUUGCUCUGUUGAACUGUUCAACGAGAUGUGAGAAAGACCUCAAGUCAUCGCCACUCAAACGGUUAAAACCGUUCAUGUGUGAAAACGGUCUGAUUCGAGUUGGAGGUCGCCUGUCUAACUCUGAUCUUCCCGAAGGCACGAAGCAUCCAAUUGUCGUCUCCGCAAAUCAUCCGUUGGCAGAAAUAAUCGUAGCUUACUACCAUAAAUUGCUCUUGCAUGCUGGUCCCCAGCUAAUGCUCUCAACUAUUCGUCAAAAAUACUGGAUAAUUGGAGCACGAAACCUAGUCCGCCGUGUUUAUCAUCGAUGUAUCAAAUGUUUUAGGCAAAAACCAAUUUUGAUCCAGCAAGCCACAGCAGACUUGCCGAAAUCCCGAGUGUCACCAUCCCGACCGUUCUCAGUUAGUGGCGUCGAUUAUUGCGGUCCCGUAUAUUUGAAAUCCGCAGUCCGUAGACACGGACCAGUCAAGGCAUACAUUGCUAUCUUUGUCUGCUUCGCAACGAAGGCCGUUCAUAUUGAACUGGUCUCUGACCUGUCAACACCAGCUUUCCUAUCAGCCCUCCGGCGGUUCAUAGCCCGUCGUGGUCGUAUCCGUGAACUACAUUCCGACAAUGGAACCGCAUUUAAAGGGGCAGCCAACCACCUACGUCACGUUUUUGAAAUGCUAAAAUCGAAUGGAACCGAACGAGAUCGAAUUGUCGCCUGGUGUGUCGACAACGAGAUUGAGUGGAAAUUCUCGCCACCUCGAGCCCCUCAUUUCGGAGGGUUGUGGGAGGCCGCAGUAAAAUCUGCCAAGUACCACCUUCUGCGAGAAAUAGGCCACACAAGUAUCAGCCAGGAGGACAUGAUUACUCUGCUAGCACAGAUUGAAAUGUGCUUAAACUCGAGACCUUUAACACCGAUUCCUGGUGAACCCACUGACCUCGAAGUGUUAACACCAGGCCAUUUCCUGGUCGGCUCAAACAUGCAAGCAGUUCCCGAGCCAAGUCUCAUUCACACUUCGGAGUCCCAUUUAAAUCAUUGGCAACGAACGCAGAAAAUCUUCCAGCGCAUUUGGGCACGCUGGUAUCCGGAAUACCUAGCCCAACUACAAUCCCGUGCGACAAAAGGUAGCAAGCGUCCUGUUCCAAUUGAAAGGGGACGCAUAGUCGUUAUCAAAGAUGAUAAUUUACCACCUGCGACAUGGCCCUUAGGCAAAAUCGUCAAACUCCACCCAGGGAAAGACGGCGUGACUCGCGUCGUUACCAUCAAGACAGCGAUGCUGAAGCCAUCGAUGAAUGCUGAAACUACAAAGAUCGGUAGAGUAGUCCGAAACUAUCUCAAUGCGUAUCUGGAAAGCAAUCAGAAGGCUACCCAACCGAAGAUCAACCCUUUCCUGAAUGGAGUCAAACAAACGAUGUUCCAAGGAGGCGAAUGA